AAGUUACCUAAUACAUGUGUAUCAACAGACACCACAUCAUUUCCGGAGAGUCGUCAAUUUGUUUGCGUGAAAGAAGUUGAGCGGUAGCGGGUAUUUCCCGAAAUAAUUACAUAAUUACGUGUUGAUGUAAAUUCAUCGUGGUAUUUGUAAGUUUGCAAUAAGUGUGUGCGUGCAAGGGGUGGCAGAUAAUCAGGAAGGUGGCACCUCUAAUUUGAGAAACGGCACCCCAGGCCUGUAAGGAGAGGUAAACAUUGCACUGUUAAACCCCUUGAGUGGCCCCCUCUACCCUAUUCAUUUGUAUCGUGUCAGCUUGCGACAUACCUUCCAGGCUUCGGUUUUGACAUCAUGAGCUCUUCCUCCGCACUACCCAUUGAUCUGUUUUAUUUCUUCGAAGAAACAACGACUAUGGAAGCCUGUUUUUCCGCAUUUGAUAAAAAUAAGGAUGAAAUGCUGGAUAUAGAUGAGUUUCGGUGUAUCUGUAGAGCGCUUUUUCGUAAUGACAAAGGCAAAAUUUAUUCGCUUUCGGAAAUGCAGUUAAGAGAGAUAUUUGAAGUUUUUGACAAAAACGAGGAUGGUUAUCUCGAUAAAGAAGAGUUCGCAUUUUGUUGGAACAACUGGAUAAAAAUUGUCGUCCGCCCAAUAUCGGUAUUUUUAAUUGUGGAUGUCCAGAACGACUUUAUAAGCGGCAGUUUAAACAUAAGCCAUUGCUCGGCCCAACAAGAUGGUACUGAAGUGAUAGAGCCUAUUAAUAGGCUUUUGGACACUGUACAGUUUGACGCAGUUUUUUACUCGCUGGAUUGGCACCCUAGCGAUCAUAUUUCCUUUAUAGACAACAUCGGACAAAGGGAACUAGAUCCUUCAAGUCCAGUAACUGCAGAAAACGCAAAAGUCUAUGACACAGUUAUUUUCAAGGGUCCACCUCCUAUGAAGCAAAAACUUUGGCCCCGACAUUGUGUCCAGGACACUUGGGGAUCUGAAUUACAUAAAGAUUUGAAGGUAAUAGAUAAUUCUAUAAAAGUCUAUAAGGGCACUAAUCCUGAAGUAGACUCUUAUUCCGUGUUUUGGGAUAACAGAAAGCUGACAGAUACAACGCUUUGUGCACAGCUUCGGAUGAAAAAUGCCACUGACAUUUAUGUGUGUGGUUUAGCCUAUGACGUGUGCGUGGGAGCAACCGCUAUAGAUGCCUUAUCAAUAGGAUAUCGUACAAUUCUGCUCGAUGAUUGUAGCAGAGGUGUCGAUUUGGUCGAUAUAGAAAAGACCAAAAAUUCUGUAAUUGACAAUAAUGGCGUUAUUGUUAAUUCUAGUGAUGUUAAGGCUAUGGUAGAAGGUAGAGAUAGAAGGCCUGAACUUGGCUACAAAUUAGCCAUGGAACUUAAAAACUAUUCCAUGGAUAAUUGAAUUAUUGUUAUACUCGUUGUAGAACAGUUAUUGUUCAAAUGUUGAUAAGUUCUUGUAUUAACAUUCCGUUAUAAUAACGAAUUUAAUUAAUUCAAUUAAUUUAGAUGUUAGUUCGUGUUCUUUGUAAACCAAUAAAAAUACAAUGUUCUUUA